AUGACUGAUGCAGAUGAAUCCCAGGCUUCUGGCUCUGAUUACCCUGACGCCCAAGAGCUGAUAUGCAGUCAUCAGAAAGAACCAUAUAAGGUACAUGCCUGUGAAACAAGUACACUAAUGGAGUGUUCACGUUCAAGGCAGAAGAAUGCUGCUCCUGAGGAGUCUUCAGAUGACCUUAACAGUAUAUGUAAAUCAUCAGCUGCUUCAGCUGAAGUUUUCCUGGACAGCAGUGAUUCAGAAAUCCAUCUCUCUGCUGCUAGUGGCAGUGAAUAUCAUCCUAAGUGUUCCACUGCACCUUCAAAGCAAAAAAAGAGAUCUCAACCUGCCAGCCAACAAGCAGAAUCUAUUGCAGGAGUGCCUGACAAUGAAAGUUCAGAUUCUUCUCUGUCUCCUCAAAGUCCAGUGAAAUCAUCAGAAAUUGCCAAAAAGCAGAAGUCAAAACUCAAUUUGAAAGCCAUUUUCGCCUAUCACUUCAGGGGAAAGAAGUUUAAGGCUGCUGCGCACCGAAGAUACAAGGGUGGCUCAGGGAAGAAGAAGAAAAAGUAUGAGAGCACACAGAUGCCUAUUGGGCGGCCACCGCUAACAGCCUCGCCACAAGAGCAAAAGAGAAGGCUUCUAGAUAGAGGUUUUCAGUUCCCUUUUGUUGAAAAACAUUACGGGAAGAAACAUAUUCCCUUAAAGAUGGUUCUUGGCUAUGAG